GUGUGUGUAUGUCUUAGUGUUGUCGGUGAGCACAGUGUGUGUGUGUUGGAGUAAUGUUAGUGAGUGCCUGCUAGCUCGGUGUCCAGCUCUCGGUAAUCCCGCGGAUCCCAGCUCAGGGCAGGCAGAGGAAGUCAGUCAGUCAGUGUGUGAGUGAGUGUGUCAGUCGGUGUGUGAGCAGGAUGAGGCUGAAGCCGGGUUUCCUCCUCCGUAGCCUGCUGUUACUGGGCUCCGUGCUGGCUCUGCUCCUGCUCUGGUCCUCGCUCUCCUCUCAGCGAACCGAACCGCACAACCAGCUGCCCCGGGAUGUCGAUGCUAUCGUUCCUCAGCCGGGAAAAGCAGAGAAUAACAUUGCUCCUAAAAAUAAUUUCCAGCCAGUGGUGCCAUGGCCUCGUGUUGAGGGCAUCGAGGUUGACCUUGAAUCUAUCCGAAGAAAAAAUAAAGGAAAAAAUGAGCAAGAUCGCUUAGAUGGGAAUGCCAACAAUCAGCAAAAAGUGAUGCAGCGACAGUUUCUUACUUUCAAACCUCAAAAACAUGUGUACCCCGAUCCAGUACUCCGAUCUGGAGUCCUAGGAAACUUUGAACCAAAAGAACAGGAACCGCAAGGUGUGGCAGGUGGUCCAGGUGAAGAAGGCAAGCCUUUUGUUUUGGGGCCUGACUACAAGGAAUCUGUCCAAGCCAGCAUUAAAGAAUUUGGAUUUAAUAUGGUUGCAAGUGACAUGAUCUCGUUAGACCGAACAAUCAAUGAUUUACGUAAUGAAGAGUGCAAGUUCUGGAAUUAUGAUGACAAUCUGCUCACUUCCAGCGUUGUCAUUGUAUUCCAUAAUGAAGGUUGGUCUACACUCAUGAGGACAGUUCACAGUGUUAUUAAAAGGACACCUAGAAAAUACCUUGCAGAGAUUGUCAUGAUUGAUGACUUCAGUAACAAAGACCAUUUGAAGGGAAGACUGGAAGAGUAUAUAAAGCAGUGGAAUGGCCUUGUAAAGGUCUUUCGCAAUGAACGCAGGGAAGGACUGAUCCAGGCUAGAAGCAUCGGAGCUCUAAAGGCCAAACUUGGUCAGGUUUUAAUUUAUCUAGAUGCACACUGUGAGGUGGGAAUAAACUGGUAUCCAGCAUUAAUUGCUCCCAUUGCCAAAGACAGAACCACAUGCACUGUGCCUCUGAUAGAUGUGAUAGAUGGCAACACUUAUCAUUUAAUACCACAAGGGGGUGGAGAUGAAGAUGGGUUUGCUAGAGGCGCAUGGGAUUGGAGUAUGCUUUGGAAACGUGUACCCUUGACCAUGAAAGAGAAGGAACUGAGAAAAACAAAAACUGAGCCAUAUCGGUCCCCUGCAAUGGCUGGAGGAUUAUUUGCAAUUGAGAGAGAUUUUUUCUUUGAGCUGGGCCUGUAUGAUCCAGGUCUUCAGAUAUGGGGCGGUGAGAACUUCGAAAUUUCCUACAAGAUCUGGCAGUGUGGAGGAAAGCUGUUGUUUACACCUUGCUCUCGAGUUGGACAUAUAUAUCGGCUACAUGGAUGGCAGGGAAACCCCCCUCCUGUUUAUGUUGGGUCAUCCCCGACAUUAAAGAACUAUGUCAGAGUGGUGGAAGUCUGGUGGGAUGAAUACAGAGAUUACUUCUAUGCCAGUCGUCCAGAAACCAAAGCCCUAGCCUUUGGAGAUAUUACUGAGCUGAAAAGGUUCCGGGAAGACCACAACUGCAAAAGCUUUAAAUGGUUCAUGGAAGAAAUCGCCUAUGACAUUCCGUUACAUUAUCCACUUCCACCUAAAAAUGUGGAAUGGGGAGAGAUAAGAGGCUUGGAGUCUGGUUACUGCAUAGAUAGCAUGGGUCAUACAAAUGGAGGUCUUGUGGAACUCGGACCUUGUCAUAGAAUGGGAGGAAAUCAGCUUUUCCGAAUUAAUGAAGCAAAUCAAUUGAUGCAAUAUGAUCAGUGUCUAACAAAAGACUCAGAUGGAUCUAAAGUGAUGAUUACACAUUGUAAUUUAAAUGAAUAUAAGGAAUGGCAAUAUUUCAAGAGCAUGCAUAGAUUCCUUUAUAUUCCUAACGGAAAAUGUUUGGACCGUUCCGAAGUUUUACAUCAAGUAUUUAUGUCAGACUGUGAUUCCAGCAAAAAGACGCAAAAAUGGGAAAUGAACAACAUCCUAAGCGUCUAGAACUGGAAGCUGACAUAUGUAUGGCAGAAUAUGGCCUGAAACCUGCUGCAAUUGUUAACUUUGUACAGUCCUCAAUCUUCUCCACUCAAUGAAGAAUACUGGACACCUAUGAGAAAUGUGUCAUCCCGUCAUCCCGCAGUUAAUGUUUACAAGACUGCUUUUACCUUAAGACUUUUUAGACGUUUACAUCAUCUUGUUUCAAGAUAAUGUUAGUAAAAGUGCUUCUAGCUCUGUUUGUAGGAACAAAGCUAAAGACUAUUUUUUGGGGGAAUAUACUCAGGGGUUUGAAGGUAGUUUUUAACUCACACUUGAAAAUGAUUUUGGGUAGCCAGACAUUCAUGUUUUUUGGUGAUUGUCUCGAUCUUUAUUUAAUAUUCACUUUUAUUUUAUUUUCAAAGCACUGCCACAGCUCCUUUAAGCUACGGUGGCCUUUGUCCGUGCUGCUGUUCAGAAUGGAAAAUCAGAAAAUGAAAAGCAUAAUUUUUAGUGCCUCUUUUUUGUUUUGUAUUUUAGACAAUGUAUGUCUAAUAGGAACUGACUUAGACUUCAAUAGUCCUAAUAUCUACAUAGGAAAACUUUGUACAUCGCCUAAAUUUGAAGAACUCGAGGACUAAGUAUUGAGUGUUGAUGCCGUUUAGUUUUAAGAAUGCCCACCACCCAAUGAAACGAUGGCUGUCCAGAUAAUUUUUUUUGCUUUUGAACAUCCCUUUCUUUGUUUUAUGCAUAUAAUCAAAAUUCUGCUUCUUAUAUUUUUGGAAUAUAGGUUGAAUUGCUUCAUAUCAAUAGUGGUGGAGAGAGAGGACAGAAUGUCAUCAAUUUUUUAAGAGAUCAUCAACUUGUGAUGUCACUUUAUCCUUGGCUUCUUAGUCUUCUCCUCUAACCACUAUUCAAAUUAAGAGAGGUUUGCAGUAAAUAAUCUGUAUGCAUAUACAUGCUCUCAUAUAAAUGAUGCCAUCUAUACCCUGACAAAGAUCCCACAUUUAGUGUUUAAGGAUCUUACAUUGAGAGAGUUGGCAAAUAGCACCAAAAUAGUGUUAUGUCAAUCCUUGUUAUGUAGGCAUACAAUGUGCUGAAGCUCAAGAAAAUGUCUUCUUUGUCCAUCAGAUUCUUAAACCUAGUAUGUUAAAAUAGAGAUAGCUUAUCCCAGUUGUAAUGUCAAUGUCACAGUCUUUAUUAGCAACCAAGUGACAGGAGACACUCUUGGCUGUCCUAACAUCCUGAACCUGUAUGUAGGUCCUGUACUAUACCUGAGUAAUCAAAAGAGCAUUAUGCAAUAUAUAGACAUGCCAGUAAACCCUCAAUCUAAUGUACUGUACACAAAAUGUUAAAUGUUUUUUGUUAUUUUUAAUCCAUUACGACAACUAUUUGACAUUCACCAAACCAUUGUAAUCUGGCAUCUAUUUUAGAAGAAAAGUGGUACAGAAACAAGCUGCUAAAUGGUGUUUGUUUAUUUAGGAUUAAUCACUCUAAACAUUGAAUAUGUUGUCCCUGAACAUUAAAAGCUACUGAUUGAGUACUAAUCUACAAAGUGAUUUGCAAGAUACGUGGCUGUAAAUAUUCAGAUAAACAGUGUGAUUUUCUAGCCAUACCUUAGAGAGCUUAAGCACUUGUUCAAUUAUAUGGAAUACAUAAAACCAUUGUAUGUUGGCAUCAACACAAAGGAUUGAGUAAUCAUAGACUCUAAAAUAGGAUUUGAAAUGUAGCUAAAGGCUAUCAUAGUAUGGAGUUUAGUAGUAGCCAUAUAACACCAAGUUAGUAAUGCAGCCAUAAAAAUUAUUAAAUCUGGAACACACUGUUGUUUCAUGCAAAAGGGCAAUGAAGUUAGCACAUUUCCUCUACUGAAUAUCAUCUCAAAAAUAUGAGUGCCAUAGACAUUUUUCUAUUAAAUAAAUGGUUUCAUUUUGGUCUGGACUUCACAUCAUAGUAAACACACAACGCUAUAGCCCAUGUCUUGGUAAUAGGAGCAGCACUGCUGAACAACAUCUUAAAACAUACAGGGUAUUUCUUUAAAGUGAGAAUUCAAAGUGAAUUUCAAAUUUAAUUCCAAAUUAUCUGACUUAGAGCUCACAUGGAGAAUUUUUUUGAUUUGCCUAUUUUUGGUCUAGAAUUUGAAAUUCAUUUUAAAUUCUUAUUUAAGUGAAUACCCCUGUUAGUGUUUGUUGAUUCUAGGGUAUAGAAAUAUCUAAAUCCUUUCAUAUAGAGGAUCAGAUAUUACACACUCCAUUUCAUUAGAUAAUAUGCAUCCCACAUUUCCUUACUGGACAACUUUCUGACAUUUGUUGACAGACUGGUUCCCAGUACUAAGUGUUCAGUAAAAUAUUAUUACACAUCGUAUUAAUCCGCUUAAACCAUACAAAGAUAAAUACCAGUAUGACAAAUACGAGCUUCCAAAAUGAAUUCUACUAUUUGAUGUUAAUUGGUUUUGUCAUUGUCAUAUGUGUAAAGGACAAGUAAUAAUAAUAGAUGCGAAGUAUGUGAUUACAAGUUAUCAGACCAAUUUAAGUCUCCAACUUUAAUAAGAAUCAACUAUGUUGAUAUAUACACCUUUCCAGUCCUAUGAAAAACCAAUAGAUAAGUAUGAAUAGCAUAAUAUUAGUGCUUAAAGGAAGACAAUUUUGUUAGGAAUACAAAACUCUAUUCCUAACACUAAUGUUUAUUUCUUCCCCUUCUCCUGUGAGCAUUAGGUGUUCCCCAAAGGAAAGCAUUGAAGGUCCAACUCAGUGAAAAUGCAGGAAACACACUAUAGUGUUCUUCUGCCUCUGCACCCCUGGUCAAGAAAGGGUUAAAAAUUAUUUCACUUACCUGAUGCCAGCACCAAGGCCCCUCGGGACCUCCUCCAGUGUCAUCAAGGUGAUGGUGUACCUAAGGUGCACGUGAAAAUGCAGGAAGGGCCUCUAGUGGCUAGGAGACAUACACUAUUGGCAGUCUUAGUUUCUCUAAAACUGCAGCGUUUUACAUUGCAGGUUAAGGGGACAAUGUCCCUGCAUACAGACCACUUUGUUGAAGUUGUCUGGAUGCCUAUUGUGUCCCUUUAAGCAAACUGUGUUCUAGAAAGGAGUGUGUUUAUGUAUUGCACCCAAUUUCUUAGAAUUCUGGACUGCAGUUGAGUGGAAAGUGUUCUUGUCUGAUAACAUAUACACUGUUCUAUUAUAUAUCAGGCUAAGAAAUAAAACGCUCCAUAAUGUUUCAUUUGUGCUGGAUUAUACAUGCUAUUGUACUAUAUAGAUGCUGUUUUCAUUUUUUUUAUAUAUAUAUUUUCUUUAAUGGCAGGCUGCCAUAAUUGUAUAUUAAAUCUCAAAUGCAUAAUAGACAGGACUACUGUCACCCCUUGAUUGACGAGAAAUUGAUUACUAGAAGUACAUUACAAAAAAAGUCAUCUCCUAAGGAGAUUCACUGAUUAAAAGCAAUAUUUUAAGCAAGUCAUAAACAAAGUGGUUAAAACCAAAGAAGUUCACCUGAAAAUCAGUAUAAGUGCUGAGAAGACCGGUACAUACAAAAAUAAAUCAAAUAAAAGCUGCUGUCCUGUGUUAAUAAGUACUAAAGUAGUUAUGGUAGGGAUGUCCUCGCACAGUAAUAAAACUCGUUCCUCCGUGUUGUCUUUACUGUACAGUAUGUAGAAAUAAUAUCAAUGAUGCAGAAAAACUACAAGGCACAGGCACUUGUGAAUAUAGAGAAGGACUCUUGAGUCAUGCAGGUCUCUGUAUUGCGCACUAUGCAUCAUUGUAAGAAAGAAGGCACUUCCAGUGCAGUUUGUGUGUAUUUUAAAUGGGUAUUUUGUGCAAUUAAAACAAACAAAACAACUAUCUGUGAAUUUAAAUGUGUAUAUUGAGACUGCACACCUUACUAAUCAUUAAGCACGUUGUAAUCUCAUACUGUUUGUAAUGUUUUCCUACUGUCGUCUGAAACCGAUCUCAUGAUUUUUAUUUGUAAUCUGAUAACAUCACUAUGCAUUUCUACUCAUUUUUUUUAAGUUUGAUUUAUGCAGAUUUUGAUACACUGUAAUUUUCUGUAGAAAUUGUAUAAAUUCAAAAUAAAUUUUAUUAGGGAUAUAUUUGGGGAAUUUAUCUGUUAAUUUGGGGGAUGCUUGUUUUUCUAGGUGCAAGAAUAAAUAUUUUAAUUUGUGUUUCUA